GUUUUACUUCUCCACUACCUCUUCUUCUUCUUCUUCUUCUUCUUCUUUUUCUCUCGUUUUCUCUAACAAUGGCUUUGGAUCAGGAUUCUAAUCUGCCACUCUUAUACAACGUUGAAGAUCAAAAGCCAAUUAGUUGUAGACAUAAUUUCGCAUUCGAAGCCGAUGAAGAUGACAUCGACCCCAUCAACGGAACUGGAGAUUUCUUCAGAGAAUUCGUCAUCGAGUCCAAGAAACUCUGGUACCUUGCCGGCCCGGCCAUCUUCACUUCUUUUGCCCAAUAUUCCGUUACCGCCAUGACUCAGGUCUUCGCCGGCCAAAUCGGAACAACCGAACUCGCAGCUUUCUCCAUAGAGAACAACGUUGUUACCGGAUUCGCAUUCGGCAUUAUGGUAAAAAAAAAAAAAUCAACAUUUUUUUCUUGUUGUCUUAUAAAUUAUUACUAGGUUUUGGACCCGUGCACUCGCACGGGUUUGACAUUGAAAUUUCAUAUAAUCAAUUUUAAAAAGAUUUUAAUAAAGGUUAGCUGAAUACAUGUUCAAAGUAGUUGAACCAUGAAUACAGUCUCUAUUUUUUUUUUUAAGAUUAGUAAACAACCUAAAAAUACUUUUAUAAUAAAUAUAUUUCAUUUAAUGUCAAAUAGUUUUCAGUUUUCCUAUAACUUUUUUCCCGAAACUACCAUCGUGUUCAUUAACUUGACACUAUCAGUAGAAAAACCCUUACACAAUGUAGACUACAUUAUGAUUAUUUACUAAUUUAAUUAAUGGCCGUCUAAACUAACAAAUGAACAUAUUGGUGUAUAAUUUCACUAUGGCCUUCGUUAUAAUUGCCAUCAUUUUUUAAUAUUUUUUAAUUUUUUUUUCCUACAAUUAGAUGUACACUUGGAUGAAAAGGCACUGGAGAAAACUGGCUUCGAAUUUUUUAAUAUUUUUUAAUUUUUUUUUCCUACAAUUAGAUGUACACUUGGAUGAAAAUUAGAGCAUGUUUUUUUUUUAUUUUUUUUAAUUUU